CCACCCACCUGCCCUGCCCAACUAACUAGGCUAAAUAACAAACAAAUAAGGAGACGGACGCAGGUGAAAUUUUGUCACUCAUAUUAUGUCCCUCCUAGAUGCGAGUACUUCACAAAGUUUUAUUUAAUUUAAUCCUCCUAGUCUCAUUUCUCGUAGUGUUUUAUGUUUACAAUAUUUCCGAUUCGUUACUAAAUCGAAAUUCUGAUGAGACCAUGGCUCCAGCUAGUGACGGGUCGAAGCUGUCAUCAUCCAGUGUGUCUACACCCAAAGAGGAAGUUAAUAUUUGGUGCAUAUUCACUAAAGCUGCAGGGAAUGCUUCCAUGAAAUAUAAACUGCUCACCUUUACGCACUCUUUAGUCGAAAACGCUAACAGUGUUAUGAUUUCCCUUCAUGUCAUUGUUGACACAUCAAGUCAACGAAUAGCCCAAGAAAUUUUGCAAAGUGUAAAGGACACCCUUAAAAAGGAUAUAAAGAUAAGUUUCUAUGAUGUCAACCAAAUUGCGAAGGACCUGAAAUCAUUGGUUGCUGCUAUGCAGCCACAUUUUAGUUCUCAGCCUGGGUCAUAUUACAGUGACUCUCUCUUUUUCUUAUCACUUGGACUACAUCGCAUAGCCCCUGUGUCAAUGUCUCGAGCUGCCAUGUUUGAUAUUGAUACAAAAGUACUAACUGAUGUUGGAAAGUUAUUUGAAUUAUUUGAAAGCUUUGGGAAUGAUACACUCUUUGCAUUAGCUCCAGAGUUAUCACCUGUUUAUCGGCAUGUUCUCUAUCUUUACCGAUCAAAAAACCCUUCAUCGAAAAUAGGUGAUCCUAUAGCAACUGGAGGAUUUCCUGGUUUGAAUAGUGGAGUGAUUCUGUUUGCUCUUGAUCGAUUACGCAACUCGCCCAUGUACCCUCACCUCGUCCACGCAUUUAAUGUGACAUCACUAACGAAAAAGUACAGCUUCAAAGGACACCUUGGGGAUCAAGACUUUUAUACUCUUUUAGGUUUUGAGCAUCCAGAGUUAGUUUCUGUUAUACCUUGCAAUUGGAAUCGCCAGUUAUGUACAUGGUGGAGUGAUCACGGUUACAGAGAUGUUAUGCCGCAAUACGCACAGUGUGAAGGGAAGGUCCAUGUAUGGCAUGGAAACUGCAACACUCCCAUUCCUGUUACAUAGCUUUCAGUAUUUUAUUGGUAUUGUUAUUAAGACAGUGUUUUUAAUUAUAUUUUGUUGUUUAUUUAUAGCAUUAAAUUCUGUUAUGUGAUUCCCUUAAGAGGGUUAUUUAUUUAAUGUUAAUACUUAUAAUAUUAAUGGAACAGAAAUAAAGAAAGCAAUCUCUUCACGUAUGAA